CUCGAGCGCGGGGACCGUGCGCACGGAGGGACUGGACCCCACCGUGGAGGAUGUAGGGGCAUCAGGGGCUCACGAUGGAGUGCACCUGGAAGACUGUACUGCUGCUGGUUUGUACAUCCCUUGCGGUCCAGUACACAGCCAUCCGCUCCCUGAGGGACUCAGUGGGCAGACCAUGCCAUGUUCCUGGCCACUGUCACCGCCGGCAGACCAAACAGGAUGGAUGGAGACCCCUGUGUGAAGAAAGCCCCCUGUCAGAGAGGACCCCUCGUUCCCCUCCCCAGAAGCACAUCCUCCUCUUUGCCACCACCCGCAGUGGCUCCUCCUUCACGGGACAGCUCUUCAACCAGCACCCCGGCAUCUUCUACAUUUUUGAGCCCCUCUACCAUGUCCAGCAGGCCUUCGCCAACUCCAGCAGCCGCCUGCGACACGGCCCAGAACGCCGAGCACUGUUGGGGGCCUAUCGCGACCUGCUGCUCAACCUAUACAGCUGUGACAUGCACUUUCUGGAGAGCUACAUCCGACCGGAGCCCCAAGACCACCUGACAAACACUUUCUUUCGACGGGCCUCCAGCAAUGCCUUGUGCUCACCCCCGGUUUGCCCUGAGGCCAUCAGGGCACCCGGAGAGCCCAAUGAGGCUUCGUGUCCCAAGCGAUGCCAGACUCUGAACCUCACCCUGGCCUCACAGGAGUGCCUGGCUCGGGGACAUGUGGCCAUCAAAACCGUGCGUGUCCCCGAGGUUGGAGAUCUGCGGACCCUGUCCGAAGACCCUCGGCUGCGCCUGCGGAUUGUGCACCUGGUGCGUGACCCCCGGGGCAUCCUGGCCUCCCGCAUGGGUGCCUUUGCCGAACAGUUCCGAGCCUGGAAGGUUUGGAACGCCACAGGGCGGCGGCCACGCUACGUGGACCUGGCGCAGAUCACUCGUACGUGCCAGGACUUGGCGGGCUCGGCUUGGACGGGUCUCCAGCAACCCACGUGGCUGAAGGGAAAGUACCUGCUGGUGCGCUACGAGGACCUGGCCUACAGCCCUGAGGAGAAAGCCAAGGAGAUCUAUCGCUUUGUCGGCUUGGAGAUGGACGAAAAGGUACGUUCGUGGAUUUCACGCAACACCAAUCACAACGCCUCACCUGCAGAGAGGAACUACAAGUUCUCGACCACACGGGACUCCAGAACCACGGCGGAGAGCUGGAGGCUCCACCUGGCCUUUGACAUCGUUGGUGCCGUACAGAGACUGUGCAACAACACAUUGUCCUUAUUGGGCUACAAGCUGGUUCACUCGGUCACGGACCUAAGGAACAUGUCCUACAGCUUGGUGGAGCCAAGAAGCUUCCUACCUUUCCUAUGA